AUGAAUAAAAAUUCGUCUGAAAUUCUCUGGUCUGACUUACCUUGUCCAUUACCAACAGAUUUAUUUGAUAAAUAUACACAAAAAUCAAUAGCUACACCUAUUGAAUCUUUAGGUAUAGAUGAAUUACUUUGGUCACAACAACGUUCUUUUGCAUUAAAACUUUCAAAACAAGGUUUUAUUGAUCCAAUAUCAAUAUUAUAUACAUUCUUUAAACGUCAUUAUUCACCUAAUAUAACAUAUAAUGGAUUUACUCGAUGGUUAUUAUUAAGUGAAUCGAAUAAAAAUGAUUUUCAACCUAAUUCUUUACAUUAUCCAACAUUUUGCACAGCUAUAGAAUUAAAUAAAUUAAUUCCAGAAACAAAACAAAUUAAUUUUGUCAAUCCAUUAACUAAUAUUGAACAAAUAUGGUUUCUUUUUUCAAUAUCAACACGUUUACCAGUAAAUCAUUGUACAUUAAUACCAGAAUUAGUCGUAUUAGAUAACAAUGUUGCACGUAUACCAUUGAAGAAAACAAGUGCAGUACGUUUACAUUGUAUAUUUGCUAUGACACCAAGUGGUAAAUAUUCCAAUCAAUUAAUUGUUUGUAAACCAGGAAGACACUUUCAAGUUAAUUCUUCAUCAACGUCAUUUACACGUAUUAUUGAAACAAAUAAUGGAUAUAUUCUAGCUGAACAUGUACAACAAUGGCUUGAUGAUUUUCUUUCUUUGUCAUUUGUGACAAAGGACAGUGCUCUUCUCAUCGAUCCACGUGCAACUCUAUUAACAGCAGAUUUUGAAAAAUCGUGUGAAAAAUCCAACGUACAAAUAAUAACAACUGAUUUUGAAUCUUAUACAUCACGAAUUCUAUCACCAUUUUUUUCUUUAUUUGAUAAACAAUGGGCCGAAGCAAAUCGGUUAGAUAAAAUGUGUGCUAAAUCAGCUGGAUUUACACAACGUAUUAUUCAUACAAUAUGGUUUUCACUUCGAACACUUAAACUCAAUGAACAAAUAUUUAAAAUCUUUAAUCAAACAAUAUUAUGGAAAACAAAUGAUCAAGAAUAUGUUCAAUCAUUACAACAACCACUACAAAGUUUAUUACCAAAGAAGAAAAAGAAAAAAAUUCUUGUUAAAACAGCUAGUAAAACAAAAUUACCUUCGGCAACAACAACAACAACAACAUUGAUGGCAGAUCCACCUAUGGAUUCUACACCAGAACAAAUCUUAUCAUAUAUACUUAAUCGACAGAUGUCAAUUUCACGUGCAAGUAAAUAUUUAGGUGGAAUGAAAUUAGAUUAUUUUAAAUAUUGUUUAUCAUAUAAAAUGAAUUCAUCAUUUAUAUCUGGUGCACAUCUUUUACAAUUAAAUGCAUUUAUGCAAGCAAAAUCAACUGUCGAUUGGUUACGUCAUUUACGUUCAUUACAUUUUUGGCCAUGUGCAAAACAGUUAUUUUUAAGAGAAAUCUAUCAAUUAACAGGUAUAAUAACAAGUAAACGUUCAAUGAAUAUAUGUGGAAAUAAUAAUAUGGGUUCAAUAAAAAGUUGUGAUCAACAAUCACCUGGAAAUUUUUGGCGAGCUUUUGAACAACUUCAUCAUAUUCAAUUAGAUAAUGAAUCAAUUGUUGAUGAUAAACAAUGGAAUGAAGAUUUUGAACAAUAUUUAAUUGAUAAUGAAAUUAAUUGUGAAAAAACACAAUUAUGGACUGUUGAUAUAUUUGAAUUGCCAUUAACAAAAAAAUCUACUAUUCUACAAUUACCAGAAUGGAAUGAAUUACGUCCAAUGAAUAUAACACCUAAAGUCACUGUUAUAUACGCAUUUUCCAAUGAUGGUCAAUCAACUGAACCAUAUUUUAUUUUUCCUAAUUCACUUCGUGAUAAUACCAUCAAUGAUGAACAAGAUUCAUAUAAUGAAUUAGGUCAUUUAACACCACAAAUAUUUCUUACAUGGAUCGAUAAACAUUUUAUUCAAAAAAAUCAUUGUCCAAUGGUAUUAAUUGUUUGUUCACGUUUACCCAUACUUUCUGCACAAGUAUUAUCUUUACUUGAUCAACAUAAAGUAUAUCCAUUUGGAUAUCCAUGUGCACGUACAUUACCAUUUCGAUAUUUAUUUGAACGUCGUGUACGUAAUAAUCGUUCAACAAAUUUAAUGAGUGAAUUAUGGAAAAAGAAAUUAUUAGAUGAACAACGUACACAUGUAUUAAAAGGUUUAAAUUGUACAGUUAAAAAUAUUAAAUAUUAUUUCGAACAAAUCUGGCCUAUAUUAAUUAAUGAAAAACGUGAUGAUGAUGAUGAAUAUAAAACAUUUAAAGAUAAAUGUUAUCAAGCAUUUCAGCAAGCAAAUAUUCAAUUAGUAAUAAAUAAAAAAACUAAAUUAAUAUCACCAAAAAAGAAUAAAAAGAUAAUUAAUGAAACAAAUGAAGUUGUUAAUCAACUUCAUCAAUUAUUAAAUGUUAUUAGUCAUGUUAAAGAACAGAUUAAUUCAACACAAAUUCUUAAAAUUAAAAACAAUGAUUCAUCAAUGUCUUUAACAUCGAAUGAAGGUGUAGAGAAUGUUGAAACUAGUCAUAUACUAUCAACAUCAUCAUCAGAACAAAUGCAAACAACAGAUACAAUCGAAACAAUGAAUAUUCCAAUUCUAACACCAGUUAAUGAUAAACGAUCAAGUGAUGAAAAUGAUGAACCACGUUCAUCGAAGCGUCUUCGUUCUUCAUGUUCACAAUCAACUACAAACACAAUAAAUACCGCUCAAUGGAUUCCACCAUCAAAGCAAUUAGUGACACGUUUACAGUCUCAAUCAUCAUCAUUAUUUCAAUUUGUUCUAUCACUUAUACAUACAAUAUUAACUCCAUCCGAAAUUCAUCUUACAGAUGAACAUUGCCAUUGGUUACAUACAACCGUUAAUCUCUAUGAUGAUAGUUAUAAUAUAGACAAAUUAAAUCUUCUCAUUGAAACAGCUUGUAUAGUAGCAAAAACAGAUCUAGUCAGAUAA